ACAGUGUGAAUAAAGACGAGUUAUGUAUAAAAGUACAUGUGGUUUCAGAUGUCAGUCUACUGUAUAGUUAUGAGGAUCGACCACACUUCUUGCAUCCUAGUCUACCUAAUGAUGCUGAGGUCAAGUGUUUAGCUGGUGGCCCAUGUCAUGUUCUUUAUGAUGUAACACCUGGCAAUGGAAAUGAAAAUGAAUGUGUAACAUUUCAAACCAACCCACCUGCUGGUUUUGUCAACUAUCACCUGUAUUCUUCAUGUGAUUAUUGUACUCCCGGCAAGCCUCACAACGGUUAUUGUACUGUCGACAUCUCAGUGAUAAAUAAUAUCACUGAUAACAACACCAUAAGAAGAUUUUGUUUAUCUGUUGGACUUAAAAGUUAUUCAACAGAGGGUGAAGAGCGAUGUUUUAACAUCCAUGUGAUUGAUCCAAAUACUGACGUUCAGAAAGGUUGUCAGACGCUCGAGUGUAUAAAUGGUGGGUUUUGUGAUGGCCAUGAUACGGCUAAUCCUAUUUGCUUUUGUGGAUUUACAGGACAACAUUGUGAACAAGCUCAAGUCGACAGUCCCUUUGCACAGAACCAGACACAGAGCUUAAUUGGAGACCUUGCACUGCCGUCUGAAAUUAAAUGUGUGAUCGGAAAAACAUGUGGUAUACCAUUCCAAAUUGUUACAAAGACAGGAAUAAUUCCAAUGACAUCAGUUGGUUAUAACGAUCCACAUUUGAAUUUGGACAUACCAAUGGUUAAAGCUCUUGGGAAAUCCACAACCAUAUAUCAAGGACAAGUUAUUGCAAAUCCGGAUGCUGUUGGGAAUUUUAAGUUUUGUUUGCAAGUUAUUACAAAAAGCAAAACAGAUGAUGAAAUAUGUGUCAACGUGAAUGUUUUGAGUACAGCUGCAGAGAAAAUCAACAAGUACUUUCCUUAUUUUCUUCCACCAACUUUGUCAUCAGAUGGUACUGUUCUGUGUUCGACUGGAAAACCUUGUCAUUUUGAUAUGCAUUUUACUUCUGGAGAUCAAUUUGGCUAUGUUGGGAGAUGCCCUAGUUUGAGUGUCACAAGUGAAAACGUAGCCAAGAGUGUUCAUGUAUUUGAUAUUAAAAGACAAACUACCGAGUGUUAUGCUGAUGUGGCUUAUUUAACACCGUCGAAAGUUGGCGAACAUCAAAUUUGUCUCCAGGUGUCUUUACCAGGGAAAAAGGGUGAAAUAAUUUGCUACAACGUCAAAGUGGUUACAGACAUUAGAGGAGAAGUUUUCUCACCAUGUCGUGAAGAGAUUUGUGCAAACAGUGGGAAUUGUGUAGCGGAUUUAAAAUUGGCGCCUUUUAAAACGUCUUGUCGUUGCAAACCAGGUUUUUCAGGACCAAAAUGUGAAACAGAUGAACUAACAAACAGUACAGAUAUUGUAUGUUUUUCAUGCAAGGACCUUAUAGAUCCUUCAUUCUGUGACUUUAUUGAACGCUGCCAUGGUAACCAGGCAUGUUUUGUCGAGAGCUAUACUUUGGGUAAUGGUAAAAAAUACUACAGGUCUGGAUGUAAAGAUAAACAGAUAUGUAACCAACACAGCGUGGCAUUCAAUGGAACAAAUAGCUGUCUUCAGUGCUGUGACAACAGUUUUUGUAAUGCUCAAGGUUGUGGUGGAUUAGCGUUGCCGCCUCGUCAGUCACGAGGUCCACUAUGUCUCGACUGUGCUCGUGUAAAAGAUCCGGUAGAUUGUGAGAAAAUAGCAUUUUGCUCUUCUGGUGAGUCAUGUAGUAUCGAAAAACUAAAAUGGGGCGAUGCAUAUCUGUACCACCUCGGAUGUGAAAGUACACCUCAAUGUUCCUUUGAAACUAACAGUAGGGCAAGUGAUGUACAGUUUGAGACGAGGUCUAUGUCUGUAUGCCAUAGUUGCUGUCACGAUGAUUUUUGCAACCGGAAUUGUACGACAAAACAAACAGACACACAGCAAAUAUUUGUUGGAUAAACUAUGACAUAUAAUGAAUAAUCACAUGUUAUUUAUGCAGUUAAAGGUCUUUUUUACGUUUUAAUCAGAUUUAAUCGGGUAAUGUUUGAAUUCAUGCAGUACUAUUAACUGGUAAAUGGCGCUCAAAAAGGUAAAAAAUUAUAUGAUUUGUAUGUAUUCUUUUAUUCAAGUUAAAUUUCAAAUGAAGUAUUUUAGUUUUCAUGAGCAUAGAAUUGUAGUGUUAAGACAGAAAA